UUGUUGGCAGCUCUUUUCUAGCGCUUGCGCUUGUUGAUGCAAAACAAAAAAAAAUGAGAAGCGUCCGAAUAUUGUUAGAAGAGUCAGUGCUUAACUCGUCGACGCCGAGCUAGUGUCAUUGUACGCCCUGGUUUUUUAACACCCCGCCUGAGGACUUGGUAAUUUAAGUCGUGGUUGAAGCAACAAAUAGUAUUAAAAAUGGCAUUCGCGGGGCUCAAGAAACAAAUAAACAAAGCCAACCAGUACAUGACAGAGAAAAUAGGAGGGGUCGAAGGCACGAAACUAGAUGUCGAUUUUGUGGAUAUGGAGAGGAAAACUGAUGUAACGUAUGAGUUAGUCGAAGAACUACAGAUGAAAACUAAAGAGUUUUUGCAGCCCAAUCCUACUGCCAGAGCUAAAAUGGCUGCUGUCAAAGGCAUAUCAAAAUUGAGUGGCCAAGCUAAAGCCUCCACAUAUCCACAAGCCGAAGGCACACUUGGAGAUUGUCUUCUCCUAUACGGCAAGAAAUUAGGUGAUGAUAGCUUAUUUGGUCAAGCCUUGCAGGAGAUGGGUGAAGCACUCAAACAAAUGGCCGAUGUCAAAUAUGCCUUAGAUGACAAUACUAAACAGAAUUUCCUUGAACCUCUACAUCACUUACAAACAAAAGACUUAAAGGAAGUUAUGCACCAUAGAAAAAAGUUACAAGGAAGAAGGCUAGAUUACGAUUGUAAAAGAAGAAAACAAGCCAAAGGUUCACACUUUAGUGACGAAGAACUGAAACAAGCCGAAGAAAAAUUCGCUGAGUCCUUACACAGUGCUCAGAUAGGAAUGUUCAAUUUGCUCGACAAUGACGUGGAACAAAUUUCACAACUGACUACUUUUGCUGAAUCUCUACUCGAAUACCAUCAACAGUGUUCUGAAAUUUUGAAAUUGGCCGUAAUGGAAAUUCAAGAAAAACGUGACCAAGCGGCAAGUCGACCGAAAUUAGAAUUUGUGCCCAAGACUCUUAAUGAUCUUCACCCGGUAGAUGUAAUCUCGGACGAUAUUAAUGGCGAGUUUGAGUUCAUCAAGUCACGACUCGCACACUUCAAAGGUAGUUCACGAGCUUCAUCCCCGACGCAUACCAAGUCGGACUUAACAUCAGGAGCAAACCAUCACGAUAAUCAGCAUUCACAACCGCAUCACAAUGCGUCUCCUGCAUUAUCUCCUACGAAGUCUGUUCAAAGGCAAAUACCCCGUAAUACACCAUGCUGUACUGCUCUUUAUGAUUUUGAGGCUGAGAACCCUGGAGAACUAGGAUUUAAAGAAGGUGAAACGAUUAUACUGUUGAAUAGGGUGGAUGAAAAUUGGUAUGAAGGCAGUGCUAACGGGCGUACUGGAUACUUUCCAGUUACUUAUGUACAAAUAGUUGUACCACUGCCAUAAUUUGGUCUUGUCCCUUUAUCUAAAUAUUACAUAAUUUAUUAAUAAAUUAAAUCUUACCCUUUGCAAUAAACAUUAGUAGAAAAUUUUAAUUGAAAGUAAUUUGAAUAUUCUUCUGUAAUUCCAUAUUUUGUUAUGUUUUAUGAAUCGUUACUAGCAAUGUCAAACAAAAGACAACACAAAUUUAUUUUGUUCUUUUCAGUAUUAAAUUAAUAAUUUUUAGAAAAUAAUAUGAAUUGCUUUUAUUCUUAUUUAUGAGUUUUCUGUGACUAAUUAUUAUUGUAGCACAGUAUUUUUCAUUAUAAUGUUGUUGAGCUAUAACUAUUAGAAAUGGUUGAUUAUUGUUUUUGUUUUUAUUCUAAAGCUCAACCUAAACAUAAGAUUUAAACAUUUUUCUGUACAACCUAACCUAUAUGUAACAUCUCUAUUGUAUGUGUCUACAAAAUU